AUGGCGGACGCGCGUGGGAUGACAUCGGCGACGUCGGCGGCGACGGCGACGUCGGCGGCGGCGACGUCGUCAGCAGCGGCGCGUGAGAUUCUUCGCUACGCCAACCACGAGGUGAUUAUGGAAUUGCUUCGGCAGGACGUCGACGAGGACGACGUCGAGAGCGUCGAUCGACGCGCGAAGGAGAUCGAGCUCAAGCUCGCGGACGUCGAGCGAAGGAGCAUCGAUGAACACGCAACCGAGUGCGAGAACUUGCUCGAACUCGGGCGCGAGGUGGAGGCGUGCGAAGCAAUCUUGGGCGCAAUGGAAUCUACUCUAGGGACGUUUCAAGAGGAUUUAGGAAAGAUAUCGAUCGAAAUUAGAGAUUUACAAAGAGCGAGCGAAGAUUUGCGUGUGAAGCACGCGAAUAGAGCGCGAGCGGAGCGAGUGCUCGGAGAAAUAAUUGAGUCGCUCACAGUUGAGCCUGAAUUAAUCAACGCGUUGUUCAAAAGCGACGCGGGCGACGUAGAGUUCGUCCAAGGCGUGAGUAAGUUGGGCGGCAAAUUAGACGCUUUGAAAUCGAUGCGGUCGAAGGAAUCGAUCACAUCCGCGUCUCUUCCAGCCCUGAACGAGUUUGCCCCGGCGCUCGAAAAGCUGCGCAUCAAGGCGGUGGACAGAUCGUGGGCAUUCUUGUACGGCGAAUUCGCGGCGUUGAAGAAGCCGAGGACGAACGUCCAGUUGAUGCAAGAGAAUAGCCUGGCCAAGUACGCGCCGCUCAUUGAUUUUCUACGCAAAAAUGGGCCCGAGGUUUACUGGGAAGUCAAAUCAGUGUACGCGAACACGAUGGGGACUAUAUUGAAGACGUCUGUGGCGUCGUACUUGGAAUCGCUCAAGACAAUAACCAAGUCUCCUAGGCUGAAAGUCGCGUUGGCGUCGAAGACGCGUGCAUCCGCGUCUUCAUCUCCGGUGGGUGACGCAUCGUCGUCUGCGGCGAGUGUGUUUGCCGGUAUGUUUUCAGGAAUGUCGCUUUCACCGAUGCGUUCCGACGUGAAGUGCGCACAAGAAUCAGCCGAAAACAAUUUGUUCGUCCUCGGUGAUCGUGCGCGCACGAUACUAGCUGCGGAAUCGGAGCCGCCGUUCGUGGUCCAUCGGCAAUCCGACAAGGUGGCGCAGCAGGCACAGGAAUUCGAUGCGAUUUUCCGCUCGGCGCACCGUCUUCUGAUUGACACGGCGACGUUUGAGUUCGCCUUUUGCGACGUGUUUUGGAAGGGUGAGAGAGAAAUGUUCGAUACUGUUUUUGCGGGUCCACUCGUCGCUUAUAAUGACUUUGUGGCGCAGAUCCUCUCGCGGUUCUCGCAUGACGCUGUCGGGCUGUUGGUAGCGAUUCGAGUGAACAACGCGCAUCGGCGAGUCAUGAUGAACCGGCGCAUGCCAGCGCUGGACGCGUACAUCGACAACUUGAACAUGACACUCUGGCCUAGAUUUAAGCAAGCGUGUGACGUACACACAAAGUCCCUGGAGGAUUUGCGUGAGUCAUUUGAACCAAGCCCCGAAGCACCGAGCUUUAUCGUCAAGCGGUACGCGAGUUUCGUGCUAGCCUUGACAACCAUCGCGCACACAAAGCUGGGCGGUGACGAAGCCGACGUGACGAGUCAGGUUGAUUCACUCCUCGAUCACAUGCGUCAAGUGUUUUUUGAGUGCGUGUCGAGUAAGCUGUGCGCGUCACUCAAGGCUACUCCGAGACUUCGCAGCGCGUAUUUGGUCAAGUCAUACGACUUUGUGUGCUCGACACUGAGUUCGCUCGCAAACUUGAAUGAAGAUGUCGACGAGCACGUCGAGCUUCCAACGAGGUCGACAGCAUGCACUGAGCUUGCAACGUUACAGUUCUUCGAGACAGCGCUUGCGGAUGAGUCCAAGGCUUUCGUGGAUCACGCUUUGGUGGACCGUUUCGGUAGCAUCGUCACCCUCAAGACGCGACUUGAAUCCGCCGACGGUGCGGACGAAGCGUCUGUGCGCGAAUCGCUCGGAAAGUUCCAUCGAGAAUGGAAACAAGGAAUGGAAGCGAUGUACGCUGACUGUUCCUCGUGCUACGGCUCUACUCAAGGUGACUGGCGACCGAAAGACUUGUUUCGUCGCGCGCAAUCGGAGCUCGUUCAAGCAUACGGUGCUUUAGUGGGCGACGGGGACGACGUCGGCGCGGUCUCUCGAAAGCUCGGCCAGGCCUUCCGCGAGAGCGUGAACGAUAUCGUGGUCACCAAACCCACGUUUGCGCUCGAGUUUAACCGACUCACGGCGUGA